AUGCAAGUAACUGAAAACAAGCCAGUGGCCAUUAUUGGCGGUGCGUAUCUCGCUAUUUGCAGCGUCAAAGAAUCAAUUAACAAGUCCAUAGCCGGGAUUUUCGGCCUCUCGCUGGCUGUCGAGCUGCGAAGCAAAGGCUAUCCGGUUACAGUAUUUGAUCGAAACGCAUAUGAUAAGACGGGCUAUGACCCAGAAAGCGAGGAUGCACAGGCUGCAUCGGUGGAUCUGAACAAGAUUCUUCGCGCAUCAUACGGGACGGAACUACACUAUCAACGCCUCGCUCUGGAGAGUCGACAGGCAUGGGUGGCCUGCGACAAAGAACGCGGAAUCUCGGAAAGAAACGAUCAAGACGACAGGAGGCUAUUCGUAAACGGUGGAAUGUUACGUGUCCAGCCAACUGAUAGACUGGGUGAACUGGAAAAAGAGACACUUGCAAGCAUGGAGCGAGAUGGACUUCGUGACACGCAGUUUGUCAAAAGCAGUCCUGAGGACCGACAUCGGGCGGAGAGCUUGGGGUGGAAGAGCAAACUCCUUGAUUUCGAGAUACCAGAUACCGAGCCAGGGCAGACGUAUGAUGCAGUCCUAGACUCACUCGCUGGGUUUGUGAGAUGUAGUAAUGCUUGUGCUUACUGGCACAAGAUUGCAGUGGCGAAGGGGGUUGUGUUUCGCUUUGGCAAAGAAGGUGCAGUUGAAUCCUUAGUAAAGGCUCCUAGCACCCUGGAGCCCGGAAAGGAGAAGGUCACAGGUAUUCGAAGUGAGGAUGGGGCUCUUCAUGUUGUGGAUACUGUUGUUGCUGCUGGGUCCUUCUCGACUCAGGUCCUGCCCAACUUAAGCUACCAUCUCGAGUCAUCUGCCGGCAGUGUAGCCACGCUCAAAAUUGAUAUCAACCAGACAGAGCUCUGGGAUAAGUACUCCCCCGGCAAAUUUCCCGUCAUCACUUGGAAAGCAACUCCCCGCGAUAAGGCCGGCAAGGACACUGGUAGUAUCUACGUCUUGCCUCGCACGCCGGAGGGUUACCUCAAGAUCGGGUACCGAGGGAUAAAGUUCACCAACUUCCAACCGGCCCCUGAAGGAACUCCGUUCACGCAGGACGGGAAAUGGUCUGUGCCUUUGUCAGCAGAUCAAUGCAAAACACUGCCAGAGCCGGCGAUACAAGCUAUAACAGAGUUUGUAUCUAUCUUCCUUCCAGAGUUCGAGGGCGUGCCUUUCUCGUCAACCAAGCUCUGCUGGUAUACAGACUCUCUCGACAACUCCUUUGUAAUUGAUUAUGUCCCAGACUACGCAGAAAAGUCGGUGUUUGUAUGCACGGGAGGUAGCGGCCACGGUGCAAAGUUCCUGCCGGUUCUUGGGAAGCAUGCUGCGGAUAUCUUCGAGAACGGAGAUAAAAGCACAACAUACAUGCGGCCCUUUUGGCAAUGGCGACCCGACGCACCCCGUAGGAACGGCUUAGAGGAGGGACCCGGCGGGCCAAGAGACAUUUCCCAUGCAUCCUUCCUUUGA